GUUUGUCACAUUGUAUCCAAUCAGCGAGAAGAUUUUUUCUGCAUAGUGCAAGCUAAACCAAUCAUAUUUGAUCAGAGGCGGGACUUCGCGGUGUGUUUACUUCCAUGAGAGCCAGAAGGACGCCGUUGACUAGCCAACGGUAAAUAUUGACAGUACAGGGAGACUUUAUAACUUUGUAAAAACGUUUAAAUGGAGGUCUUUAUUUUGACAAGAAGUUUCAUAAACUGUAAAUGACACUCUCUGACACUAGGUUAGUUAGUUAGGCUGUGGGAUUUCAUUUAGAAGUUGCAUUGAAAGGUGUCAUCAGCUGAACUUUAGACUGUUGGAAGUGUGAAUGAAGAUGGACAAAAGCAGUAGCUCGGUUUUGGAGAUGAAACGUAGUUGUCUCGUCAGUAAAUCAGUGAAAUGUUUGCUGAAUGAGGUCCAGAGUGUGUACGGAGAGAAGCUCAGGCGCCUUGAGUGGGAAAUGAAAGGCUCCCAGGAGGAGAUUCUGCGGGUGAAGGUACGGAUCCUGCACUCUUAUGUAAAUGACCUGAGCGACCAGAAUCGAAUCUUGGUCCACACAGUGGAAGAGCUGGAGAAAGAAGCGAGCGAGAAGGUUGCCGACUUGAAAGCGAAACUGCAGACUUCAGAAGAAGGCAUUAACGAUUUGGACCAUCAGAAGAGGCGCCUCGAGGAAGACAACAAGCGCCUGAGAGCUGAGAUUCAGCAGCUGAAGGCUGACACUCGAACCCUUACACGUGUGAUCCAAGAGGCUCAGCGUGCACACGGCCUGGACAUCACAGGGCUCACAUUAAGGACACAGCCACUGGAUUGCAUCACAGACCAAUCAGCUCAUAGCAGUCAGCUAUCGCAGAAGCCAGGCGACCUUAUGAAGGCUCAGGUGGAGGAUCUGCGGAAUCAGCUGAAGACCAAAAACAGGAUUAUUCAACGUCUGGAAGAGGAAAUUAAGAUGCUUUUGUCCCACAGAAUCCAGGAGAAGAAUGAGUUGCAGGGCAGGAGGGUUGCAGAAGCUCUGGAGGAGGUGUGUAAAGAGGAGGCGUGUAAGCCGAGCGUGGUGCAGAAGCGAACUCACUCACACACUGAGCAGCGGCAGACCAGUGAGGAGAAAGUUAAUAGCCCGGGUUUAGACGUCGGCCUGCUCAAGUCCAAAUUACAGGAAAAGACGGAACAAUCUCAACAGCUGCGAGAUCAAAUUCUCAAGCAGCAGGAGGCUUUAAGUAGGGCAAGGCGAAGUCUCAGAGACACCACCAGAGCAGCUGGCAGUAAGAUACAUAAGACAGAAAGCAGGCUGUCUGCGGCCCAGAAGCGACUACACGAGACCAAGAAGCAGCUCACAGAGCUGAAAAAAGAGUGUGAACAAAAACAGAACGAGGUGGAGAAGCUGCAAGAAGAGAUCACAAAGCGUGAAGUGCUGGAGAAGGAGAACGCCGAGGAGCUUCAGAGAGUAAUCUCUGAGAAGAGAAACCUGGAGCUGGAGCUUGCCGUAAUUGCCGAGAAACACAGAACGGCUCAACAGGAGGUGUCCAGUCGAGAUCAGGUGAUUCUGCAGCUGAGGGCGGAGCUUCGAGUCUCGGUGGAGAAGAACCAGGGAGUGCGGGAGGAGCUGGGGCUGCAGGAGGCUGAGGUCAGCAGGCUUAAUGAGAAGGUGAGGAAGCAGCAGGCCCACUUACAGGAGCUGAGAGAGAUGUGUCGCCACGGAAACGCCCGGAUGGACCAAGAACAGCAGAAAACACAGCAGCUCCAGAGUCAGUUACAGCUCGCCCAGCAACAGCUGAAGCGGCAGGCCGAGCGCACGGAGCGUCUGCAGGGGGAACUGACCGCCUCACGGCUCGAGCACGCCGCCGACGCAGAGCGCUGGACUCAGAGGAACCUUCUCCUGCACAGAGAGGUCCAGCAGCUGCAGGAGCAGAACGUCCAGCACACACAGCUCCUCGGAGAACUCAGAGAGAAGCUCAGAGAGGCCGAGCACACGCAGCACCUCGCCCAGGAGAAGGUAACAGAGUAUGAGGAGUUCCUGAAGAAGCGGGACACAGAGAUUAGACUUCUGAACCAGCAGCUGGAGGAGAUCCAAGACGAAGUGCAAAAGAGCAGGAACUCGUCCCAGAGUCAGCGUUCUGCGCUGGAUAUCUUCAAACAGAAAUACACCACUGCUAUGGAGAAGGUCCAACAACUGCAGGUCCAGAUCCAGAGAGCGGAGGAAGAGGCGGAGCUUUCUCAGAAACAGGUUGUCGAGGCUCGAGCAGAAGUUUGCAGUUUAAGAGCUGAAAUCUCCAGUCUGGAGUCUCGCUACGAGCAGAAAGCGAGGCAAGCGGAGCUCUCGGAGGAGGCGAUGGAGCUGCUCACGGAUGAGCUCCAGGCAGCGCUGGACAGCCUGAGGAGCCGAGAGGAGAGAAACCUGCUCCGCGAGGAGGAGAUGGACCGUCAGCAAAAACAGGUCGAGAAGGAGGUGGCUCUGGUGAAAGCUGAGCUGCAGAACACACUCCUGACUCUCCAAACCAGAAGUGAAGAGCUGCAGGAGCUCCAUGAGGAGAUGCGGAAAGUGACUGAAGAGAAGAACCAGACGGAAAAAGAGAACCAGGUCAUGAGGAACGAGCUCAAGCAUCUGGAUCAUCAACUUCAGCAGCUCCUCUCCUUCUUCACAGAUACAGCUGAUACUGUACUCGAGCAGGAAGACAGUGCUGUUUUCUCACCAUCAUUUCUCAAGAAGACAGAGCAGCAGCUGAGUGACCAUCCUGAAGAGAAAGAGGACAUCUGUCAACUCACCCGGCUACAGUCGACUUGCGAGAAGCUUCGAGCCGAGGUCGGCGUUCUUCUGAGAUCUCUGCAGAAAGCUGUAGAAGAGGCAGAGAUGCAGCAGAGGCUCGUCUGUGAGGUGGCCAGAGAAAGAGACGAGGCCAGAGAGCAGCUGCAGCAGCUGAAACGGAAUCUUGAGGAAACCCGGACAGAAAACUCUCACCUCCAUCAGGAGAGAGAACAGCUGGUGACCAGCAUCAACCUCUGGAUCACCGAGCACAAGGCCGCUAACGAGAGUCUGGCUGGACGGAUCAAACAGCAGAACGAGCUUUUGACCACCGUCAGUCUGGAGAGAGAGAACCAACUAGCCAAUAACUUGAACAAAAUAGAUGACAUCCAGUCAAGGCUGAGGUCCAACAUGCAGUCUGUCAAGCUGCUAAAUCAACAGCUGAGCAGCAUGAGGGAGGAGAACAAGAAGAACAGGAAGUUGCUGGAGAAGGAGAGGAAAAGACGCUCACAUCUGGAACUGUUGCUGGGCUUGAGGGUCGACCAGAGCUUGGUUCCUCUCCUUUCUCCUCCAUCCCUCGAGCCCUCAGACCUGGAGCUUGACCAGACCCAGUCAGUUCGAGAACGGUUCUCGGCGCAGCCCAGGGGAACAUGUGAGAAGAGAUCAAAGUCUGCUUUACAGUAGUGUCAAGAGUCUUUUCAUCUACCAAUCAUGUUGCCAAGAACCUACAACUUUCACACAGAGAGGUCAUACACAUGACAGACACUGCAAACGACCAAUCAGGACUUGUAGCUCGUUGGCAAACACGCAAGCGUCACACACUUUCCACUAACUACUUCAAACAAAAGCACAUUGCUGAGCUCAUUGUUGCUUAAAAGCCAGUUGGAAACGUUUAAACACAGGAAAAAACAGGUAGCUAGCCUAUAACUGUUAAUGUCCUGAUAGUCGCAAGCAACGCAAUCAGUUUAACUCGGAAGUGGAAAAACACAACUUUAUACAUAACAAACUACAAAGAGGAACAAAACCAUGGACGCCUCCAUGAAUGCUUGUCUUUUGAAAGCUUGUCUUUUUCUGUCCAAAAGCUAGCUAGCUAAUAUUAUCUAUAAUCUCAAACCAGAAAACUGUACGUCCAGUGUUGAAGAUUAAACCAAAAAAAUGUGUCUGUAUGUUUAUUGAUCUAAAGCAAAUACGACUAGAAUCUAAUGUAAAAGUACAGAAUGUUAAUUUAUUUACUGUGGAAAUGGCGUAAUGUGCUAAACUCAGGGUUGAGACUGUUUUCCCGAGUUUCUGAAUAGCAAUUUUAAGUUGACGGGGCAUUUUUGUUGUUUUUUCAAAGUCAGACAUCAGAAAUUCCAAGUAACGAGCUCUUAUCAGAUGGUUUGUGGGCGGAGCCUCUGAACCUGAGCUCUACAUUCAUAGUAGUGAGUGACAUGAUUUCCACAACCAAGUGACAUUUAAAUUUUCUGCAAAUUAGGUAUGACUUGUUAAGGUGACAAAUCCAAACGAUUGGCUCAGCUGAUUCCUCAGACCAAUCCCAACUCGUGCGUGGUCCGAUGUUUCUUCACUUCCUCGCUCACAACUUCCUACCUUGCACUUAGUUCCCAUUUAGUGUUUGAUGCAGAAAAAUGAAAGGAAAAGCCAUGAUUAUAACCAUGAUUUCAGUUUAUCCUGUCAUUUCUGACCUCUCAUUAAAUGCCUAUAGAGAUGUGACACAAAAAAAAAGCUUAGAAGGAAGUAGCAGAGAUCAUGGUGCAUCUAGUGAGUGCAUGUAGCUAGUACAGUUAGCUCGCUUUGCUAAUCUGCUGACAAAACUAGUAUGAAGUGAGUUAUUUAAUUUUUUAAUUUGUGUUAAACUGGCUAGCAUUAGAAGGGGUGUGUGUGUGUGUAUAUAUAUGUAUAUAUAUGUGUGUGUAUAUAUAUAUAUAUAUAUAUAUAUAUAUAUAUAGGUACUGGGCAGACAUGAGACACGAGCGACUUGUCACUUGCUAGCGAACAUAAGGUGAACACAAGGUGAGUCUAGUGUUGAAGCGACUCCUUUACACCAGAACCUGGUCUCUUCUUACAUCAGAGUCUGCUUCUGCUCCUGAAGUGCUGCAGAACUGCACACAGGUCAGUGUUUUAACUGUUUGAAAGUCUGUGGAUGUGUUACAUCACCAUGUGUUUUAUCACCAGGAAACAGUAGAUCUCCUGUUCUGAUCAGUCCUGUGCUCUCAGCUUCACACCACCUGUGCAGUCUCGCACACCCCAAAUAAAUAAAUAAAUAAAUAAAUAAAUAAAUAAAUAAAUAAACCCAGACAGAAUGUAUACAACUUAGAAAAAUGUCCUUGAACUUUCCACUGAGUGUUCCGUCACGUUGUCGUUGAUUUAUAAUGACGUGCUGCGCUCAUGCAGAUGUGCCGUGUUACUUUUCUUUCUUUCUUUUUUUUUUUCUCGCCUGGAAAUCCAAAGCAGAGAGGCAUUUUUAAUUCAUGAGUUAGCGGUCAGUAAGGUGUGUUUUCCACCCCUGUUUGGGUGUUUAUUUGUGUGUGUGUGUGCAUGUGUGUGAGUGUGUGUGAGAGUAGUGAGGGGCCCAGGGCCGUAUAUUUUACACUGAAAAUGAGCUCUCAUCUGUGCGCAGUGAUUGUGCUCAUAAAUAAGUGAGGGGAUGAAUCACCUGCUGUCUGUGCCGUGCAUGUUGAUAAUGCAUUGUUAUUUUGGGUCCAUUUGUACAGUGCUGCCAGUCGCUCUGCGUUCCCCAGACUUCACUUAACACACUCACUCGUCUCGGAGAGAAUCCCUCUAAUCGGACAUGUUGACUUCGGUGAAUAUGAUCAUUUUUCUCACACGUACAGUUUUUUAUUUACCAAGAGAAUUUAGCGUGUAAAAAUGUGGACAGUGAGGUAUGGCAUGGGUCCGCUAACACAUCUGUGAUCCUACGGCUGGGUGAUAUGAUGCUAUAAUAUCAAUAUUGUGAUAAAUUACAUUCUUUUUUUUUUUUUUUUUUUACAAACUGACUGGAAGCAGCUGAUUUGAUCUUUAAUUUUUGGACUUAAUCUUUAAAAUUAUAAAAUGUUAUAAUUUUUACAUUAAAAACAAUCUUGAAUGAGUUUCUUUUUUCCUUUAUUUCAAAAACUACCGUAUUGCUGGGAAAUUAACAAACCUAAAUAUAAUGAAACAUAUCAUUUAUUAUAGAAAUGUCUAGGAGAAUCACAAUUUGUUCCGUUUUAUCUAAGUGAGCUGUAAUGUACCACAUCCUCCCGGGAUACCAGGAAUACUAAACAUGGACAUGUGGGCGAGGCUAGGAAUACCGCAGACAUUUAGUUGAUCAAAUGCAAUCAUCUCAGUUCUGACAACCACCAUUCUAGGGAAAAUAAUAAUAAUAAUAUUAAUAAUAAUAAUAAUAAUAAUAAUAAAAUGCGCUAGCUAGAAUUGCUUUUCUAGCCGACAGUAAAGACACAGCAGCCUUCAAUAACGUCUAGCUUUUUUUUUUUUUUGUUCUCGUAAAUGUUCUUGCAGUUUACUGGGUUAUGUGUGAACUCUGAGGUGAAAUCCUGGAAAUGGCAACUUGCUAUUUUUUUCUUUUUUUUAAAUAAACUGUUACAACUAAAUAAACUAUUACAGACAUUACAAAAUAUAAAUCAUAAGAUAUCAUAAUCAUAAUCAAAGCACAAUCUUCAUAUUCAGUUUCUCACCUGCGCACAAUUUCCAAGGUUCAGACGUAGUAAAACUCCUGUUAAGUGUGAACAAAAGCCAGAACAUUGCCAGGUAACAUGACUACGAUGACACUAGACCGGCAACUUUGCUGUAAAUGAGGAGAUUUAUAUGAGGGUCAGAUGCUCAAGACAGAUGAGUACAAAAAAUAAGAGAAAGAAAUUGCUGUUAUGUGUUGUCUGUGUGCCCCGAGCUUCUGCUAUCUGCUUCAUAUUCCUUUCGGUUUUCUCCUGUUUAUUAUAAUGCCAUGAGCAACUUUUGGAAAUAAGUAUUACAGAACAUCAGCGGUCUGUAAAACGUGGUAAAUUAAUGAUGUUGUGAAAUACAUGCGCGAUAUCUGUUGAGUGGUAAUUGUUCAGUGCAUCACUGUGUCACAUGACGCGUUUCCAGGAUUUUCAUGCCAUGUAUGAACGGCCUGGAGUUAGAAGUGUUCCAGGAAUGGCCUGGGAAGUCCUUCUAACAUUCCCACCCAGUAUGAUGGAAAAAUCCAGAAAGUUCCGUUUGGUUGUCUGCUUUAAGUCUCUUCAGAUUGAGCUAAGUGGUGUAAAGCUUCACGAUAAAGCAGAGCUCCAGUGUUUCUCCACUGUUGGAAAUGAUGUCACCAGAACACCUCCACAGAUCUCCUGCUACUUCCAUGGCUUAUGGAGUGUUAUGUGAUGGGAAAUGGAUGGACAGCGGCACUUAAGCAGGGUUCAGUUGGUUCUGUAUUCGGAUUGGAUCUGAUGAAAUAUGAAACAGUGUCUGUGUUUCCAGUCUCUUCUGCACAUUUCAGGGUGAAAAUGAUUAAACAGACGAGUGAUAAUCAGUGGCGUGUUGUUCUGUAGAAAUGUGGCGGGCAUGAGUAAUCAGACGUGACAUCUCUCCUCCGUAAUGAGCUUUUCUUCAUCGGGAAAACAAGUUGAUUGUUCUCGCCUGCCAUUUGAUCCUCUCGAUGAACUUCGUCUCCGCUAAGCGACUCAACUCCUGCGUUCACACACAUCUCUCUCCAACAAUGAAGACGUGUGUCUGAAAUGCCAGCGAGGGGCCUGUUUUAAAACACACAGAGAAGGGAGAGCAUGUGUGUUGGCUAAACAAGGAGACCUGUGAGGCCGCUCUUUGAAAUCGCUCUUCUCCGGAGAAAGAGGGUCUGUUUCACUGUGUUAAUGAGAGAAUGUUAGUAGAUGCAUGAGUCAAAGCACAGCAUUUUCUCUUAUCUGCAAAAUGCGCUGCAACAUGAUUUUUCUUUUUUAAACUUCAGCCAAGGAUUAUACAUUUUAAUGAGGGAAGGCAGGGCUUGUUAGCGGUAUUAGUCAUUUGCACUGUCACAGUUAAAAAUACUUCCUUUUUAAUGUGUGCACGCAAUGCACAUCUUAGCCUCACAUAACAUCCAUGGCACAGUCAUUAAAAAUAAAACCGCAGGCUUUUAAGACUCCGAGCCUGAGCCAGAAGCACUGCGAAGGAAAAAACACGCUCCCUUGGAAACAAUGAAGGAAUCAUCAUUUGUUGUUGUCAAGAAGCCGGUGAUUU